CUCAUUGAAUCAAUAUGUGGCCAGCAGUAGUGAUAUUGUGCUUUACAAGUGAGUUUAGCUGAACUUUAUAUUUCCUUUGUAUAUAUUCAUCGAGUUAAUGUUGCUUGCAUAUAAUUUCUAUAAAACUGUGAAAUCAUAUCAUCAAUGUCAGCAUACGGAAACUCAAUUCUAUCGCUCAGUAUAUUGUCAUUCAUGAUUCCCUUUAUCUACACAAGAGGGUUGAAUCCUUUUUUCAUGUAUCGAUAUUGUUUUCAGUGAGCCUGGUGGCCAAUGGCAAAAAUAUUCCUGACUGGAAAGAACAAACUGAAUAUGUAUACAACAUUCGUGGCCAAACCCUAACUAGUCUUCAUGAAACAUCCAACCAAUAUUCAGGAAUAUCACUGAGAGCCAUUCUCAGAAUCCAGCCAAAUGCAAAUGGAAACUUACACGCUAAAAUUUCCGAUCUGAAAUACAAUCAAAUCCAUACAGAGUUGGACGAUGGCUGGAACACACAUAUUCCAGAUGAAUAUUGCACCUGGAUUCCAUUGGAAAUGGUGUCACAAUCUUUCCAGGUUGAAUUGAAACACGGUGCCAUAAGUGGCAUCAUUUUCAACAAACAUACUCCAAACUGGGAAGUCAAUAUUAUAAAAGGUAUCAUGAGCCAAUUUCAAUAUAAACUCAACAGAGAAGAUUCAAUCCAGAAGGCUGAUGAUGAAUACAAUCUCAUGAAUUUCAAAGUAAUGGAGGAGACUAUUACUGGCAAAGUUGAAACACAUUAUGAAGUUAAACAGAUUCCCAAGAAAUAUGUUUCAACGUUCGAUAUAGAUUCAGAUGAAGAUCUGAUUGAAGUGGUGAAACAUAAAGACUAUACGAACAACGUGAAUCUCCCGUCAUACUUCUUUGGAUUCGGAGGAAUGGAGAAAUUGGAACCAGCAACAAAUCAAAUGAAGGAGUUCUUCCUCAGGGACUCUACUACUUAUGCUACUCUCACUGGAAACGUGAAUAAUUUUACACUCAAAAGCUCUCUGACAGUCAAUAAAGUAUUCGUUAAUCCUACCUUGUCUGAUAAACAGAAAGGGUUAGUAGUGAGUAUUGUGAAUGUCACUUUAGAGGAAGUGAAACGCCUGGAAGAAGUGAUAGAAAAGGUGGAUGACCCUCUGCCUUUGGUCGACCUUGUAUACUCAUAUGAAUAUAUCGAGGAACACUCAUCAAUGAAGGAGGCUCCAAAGAGUCCAAUGUUACCUUUCACCAUGGGAUAUAGAAGUAAAUCAGGUAAAGUUACCACUGAUAUCAUCAGGUCCGUACAAAUGAUAACCCGAGACAUUGUCAAAAAUAUGGACCAUCCUACGGAAAUACUUCAUCAGAGCACCGUGAGUAAAUUUGUAACUUUAACAUCACUCAUUCGCAUUAUGAAUGAAGCUGAAAUCAAGGUGGUUGGAGAUGAAUUUUACAGUGCUGAAGGGAGGGAUGAGACGUGGAUAGUUUUCAGAGAUGCAGUAGCUGGAGCAGGAACAGGACCAUCUCUUUUGAUAAUACAAAAUUGGAUAUUGUCAAGGAGAAUAAGAGGAAUUGAGGCAAGCCAUAUCUUGUCAACUAUGACCAAAUCUGUCCGAAAACCUUCAGUUGAUUACAUGAGGUCAUACUUUCAACUGAUCAAGGAAGAUUUGGUGCAGAGAGAAUGGCCUCUUAACGACACUGCAAUAUUGAGCUACUCAGAUCUCAUAAGAGAAGUAUACUUCCACAAUACGUUUUAUAGGGCUCAGUAUCCCAUUAAGAGCUUUCCCGGUAUGCAAAGUGAUGAAGGAAUAGUGUUCGCCAGAGGAACAGUUAUUCCUUAUCUAACGAAAAAACUAGAUAUGGCAAUUCGACAAGGCAAAUUGCACAGCGUUCAUGCUUAUAUUAGAGCAAUAGGAAACACAGGAGCACCAGAUAUAAUACCUAUUUUCAAGCCAUAUCUAGAGGGCACAAAACAAAUAUCCCAAUACCAACGCCUCCUGAUGGUUGCUUCCUUGGACAAGCUCGUCAAAACCAAUGCUACACUAGCAAGCGAUUGUCUCUUCAAAAUUUAUCAAAAUAUAGGAGACUCCCAGGAAAUUAGAAUAACAGCUGUGUAUCAACUUAUGCGCACUAAACCCACUACAGAGAUCCUACAAAUCAUGGCUUCGUACACUAAUAUAGAUACCCAUGAAUACGUGAAUGCGGCUGUCAAGUCAUCUAUCGAAAGUGCAGCUAAGCUUGAAGGACUGGAAUUCAGAAAUUUGCGAAAUGCUGCAAAAGCUGCCAAGCCUCUGCUCACUCAGCGAGAAUACGCACGAGAAUUUGGUGGUAACUAUCUCCGAACCUAUUUCAUCGAAGAACUAAAACUGAGAUAUAAAGAAACAGUACAAGUAUUGAACAGUGAAGUUUAUCCGAAGGGAUUCAAGUAUGCCCUACGAUCUAGCCUUGGUGGUUUGAGAAAUCAGUUGGUCAACAUACAAGCAUUGGUUUCUAGCAUUGAUGACCUGAUUCAGGCAGGCAAAGAACUUACAGAACACCAUUAUUAUGAGAAGCAAGUGCAACAUGCUGCCGCUCAAGGAAAUAGUACCUUGUACAAUCUGGAACGAUUCCUGAACAUUCAUCGGGAUCCCCAUGAACAACUUGAAGGCAGUUUGCACUUCCUGGAUAUGGGGGAUUCUCCGCUAAAAAUGUUCUCUCUUGAUAUUCGAACAUUCGAGAAUAUUCCCAGAGUUAUCGAAAUGUUGGAGACAAUCUUGGAGAGUGGACUAAAUACAAAUUACACGAAGUUUAUCAAUAGAAGAGAUUUAGCUGUAUCUUUCCCAAUGGAAAUGGGCUUGCCUUUCCUCUUCACUUAUGAUACUCCAAUGCUGGUACAAACUAAGGGCACAUUGCGAGCUGUAUCUGAUCCGAAGAUUUCUGAACGUGGUAGAAUACGCAAGCCGAAAAACAUUAAGAUCUCAGCAGAUGCAUUUGUAACAAUAACUUCCAAAAUCCAGGGCCGUCUUACGUUCAUGACUCCCUUCGAUCAUCAGCAAUAUAUCGCUGGAUUCGAUAAACAUUGGCAAGUUCAUAUACCAAUACGUGGUGGCAUUGAGUUUGAUGCAGAAAAUUUCGAAGUCAGAGCAGAAGUGAAACCAGAAGAACAUCAUGACAAGGCACAUCUUUUCCACUACAGCACUUGGCCUUACACUUCGAGAAUAAACAUUAUUGACUUCCAUUCUGUUUCCUCUUAUCCAACCACACACUUUGUUAAACCGGAAAAUGUGCGUAGAUUGGACACAACGCUUGGUAAGGAAGAAUUGGGUCUGGCCUUACGAAUCCAAGUCGACAACUGGAGAUUUCCAGAUGCUUCAUUCGAAAAUGACAUACCGUCUCGAUUGCUGAAUUUCUGGAGUGAUCCCACUAUCAAGUACAGUCACAUAAAUGUUACCUACAUUCCUGAAGAAUCCAUAACUAAAAAACUAGUGUUGCAAGCAGAUCAACUGUAUAAAUUCAAAGAUGGUCAAGAAACUGGUGAACCAGUGAGGUGGUAUGAUUUGAUACAAGACGGUACAGUCCAGCGAGUCUUCUUUCGUGAAAUCGUGUUCGCCCCUCUGCUUAUCAAAAAACUCUUCUUUGGUCCAUUCAGUGCAUUCCUAGCUAUAUUAGAGACAGUAGAAGCGUAUUUUCCAGGAAAAAAUCAUGAACAUGUAUGUAUCAUACAACCACCUAAGGUGACCACCUUCAAUGAAAGGAGUUAUCCACUUGAGCUUUCUGAAUAUUGGACAGUGAUGUUUCUGUAUAGCACCCAAAUGGAACAUUACGCCAUAUUGGUGCGUAAAAAUUUUGAAUUCAAGGAUCAAAUUGAUCUGAGACUCGUCGUUAGCUCAUUUGACACAACUUACAAGGAGUUGGACAUCAUCUUGCAAGAAUCUGGUUCCACAUUUACAGUAUAUGUUGAUGGAGUUCGAAUGAAUAUUACCAGAAGCCAGUAUCAGUGUGGAAAUGGUAACAUUCAAAUAUAUGCAAUCUCCAACGGCAUUGUUAAAGUGCAGAUACGUGAUACAUUCUCCCUAUUGUACAAUGGUCGUAUCAUCAUGCAACUUAUUGAGUCCGCGAAAUUUGAUGGCAAAAUCCGUGGUCUUUGUGGUACUUCCAAUGGUAGACCUUCAGAAGAUUUUCUCACAGCAGAGAACUGUAUUGCUAGGAUGUUCGUUCGGAGUUACGAAAUGGGAAGGAAAGACAGGAACAGGUUUGGUUAUCAAAGUGAUACUGGUGCAAAUCAGUGUACAAAAAUACAUAAUUCACCGUACCAUUCGAAGAAUUUUGAUACUUGUUCCUUUUCGCAGACUAGGUAUCAUGUUGAAAAUGAAGAAACUUGUUUCAGCAUCUCAGCUUUGACUUCUUGCAGUAGUCAAUGUAAAGCUGACAGAUCUACUAGAGUCGUUGUUCCAGUGCAUUGUAUUCAUGAAAGCAGUAUCGUUCAGCUAUGGAAGACACAAAUUGAUAGAGGUGUCAGUCCAGACUUUAGUCACAAGAAAGUUACCAAGGAAAUGGAGUUCGAAAUUCCUCUCAGCUGUGUAAAUUAGAAUAAUUUUCAAUUCACGAAAUGUUAUUGAUUGAAUGAGAAAAUAAAUAUUACUUGUAUCUGAUCUUUGUUCAGCAUCAUCAUUAUCAUGGUAUACACAAUCUUGAUUUUGGUUCAUUUAUUCUUAUUCGUCUUGUAUUAGAAUGAACAUAAUAUAUUCAAGGCUCAAUGUCAGUCCGAAAUUUAGAUCUAAGUAUUAUCUCAAUCUCAAAAUUUCAAAUUGAAAUAAUAAAUACGGGUUGUUUGUUGAAGUAUAUGAAGAAUACAUUACUUUUUAUUGUAUACAUAAAAAAUGGAUGAAGAUAUAUCAUUAAAUAAAUUAAAGAUUAUCUUAUACACAUAAAAAUAAAUUAAAACCAUACACACAAAACACAACUAUGAAAUUAAUAUCACACUCUCUAAUGAAGGAACACAUCAUGGAUUAUUUCUUCAAAUUUCUCUAAUCCACAAAAAGGGUUGGAAUUGUCGAAACCUACAUCGAUUUUCUUAUUCACAGUGUUAUUCAUUAUUCAAUUCCUAUUUCUCUGAGCUAAACUUCCACAGUUUUCAUCUCUGAAACACUGCGGAAACUGAAUACAUAGCAUUAACAAAGUUUAAGGUCUUCAGCACAGGUCACUGAUGAUGAAACAUUAUUUCCUAUACCCUUUUUACGGCCACUUUACAUGCAUAUAUACUGAAUUUUUAAAUCGAAUACAUCCACACGUUGAGAAUUUAUAAUUAAGAAACACUUUCAAAAAACUGAAAGUUUUAAACAGACACAAAGUAUCAACUUUUUAUACCCGAAAUUCCCUGAGGCAUCAUCAAUUUUGGAAGCACAAGACAUUAAUCAAGCAUUGACUCAACAUAGGUACUCACAGUGUGUUCCAACUAAGAUUGCCACCCUAAUUACUCAUUUCAUACAAGUAGGUUUAAAUAUAAAUAUAAAUUUUUUGAGCUAUGAAUUUCAUUUUGGUACAUAAUUUCGAAAAAUGUCAAGAUUAUUUCAGAUUCGUUUUUUAGCGCACAGUAUAUCCGUGAUUGUGAAUUUUGUAGAAAAAUACAUACAAAUACAUAAUG